AUGCGGCCAACAUCUUCGGUCCUCGCUCUUCUUUCCCUUGGGGGUGCGUGUGCCUCCGCACAGAACUCGACGGCCGUUCCGUGGAGCCACCUCUCCAUUUCAGCCUCUGGCCGAUACCUCUACCGGACCAGCAGCGGAGAGCCCUUCUUCUGGCAGGCCGACACUGCAUGGGAACUGUUCCACCGCCUCAACCGCAGUGACAUCGACUAUUACCUCCAGGAUCGCGCGAGCAAAGGCUUCAAUGUCGUUCAGGCUGUCGUCCUUUCCGAGUUGAACGGCACUACUUUCCCCAACUUCUACGGCGAGCUUGCGUUGCACGACGCGGACCCGACACGCCCCAAUGAGGCUUAUUUCGCUCAUGUCGAUUGGGCAGUCAAGCGGGCCGCCGAGUACGGCAUCCUGAUUGCUCUCGUUCCCACCUGGGGCCGCUGGGUCAACUGCGGAUGGCACAACGGUCCCAUCAUUUUCAACGAGACUUCGGCAGAGACUUUCGGCAGCUAUAUUGGUGAACGGUACCCCGGUCUGCCCAAGAUCAUCGGCGGUGAUUCAAACGGAUUUUGGUCCUGCAACGCCUCGGCUGCACAGGAUGCCUUCAGAGAGGACCCGACCAUCGAUCCCACGACUUUGCUCGGCCCCAUCACUGAUACCCGUUCCGUAUGGACACGCAUGGUCGAGGGCUUCAAGGUAGCUGAGUCGAAGGCCGGUUUCACGCCCUUUUACACAUGGCACCCUACCAACAUGUGGGUGUCGACUCCUGACACCGGCCUUCCUUACGGUCACAACUACAUGAACGGUAGCUUCGGCGAAGUGUCGAUGGAUGCCGUGCAAUCCGGCCACAACAUCCCCGACAACAACACCGUCGACACCCACUUCGACGUCAUGACCGGCUGGGACAGCACCGCGAACUACGAAAACAUCAUCGACAUGCGCGAAGCCUUCGCCGGCCCCGUCAUCGACCUGGAGAAUCACUACGAGGGAGCAUAUGUCGGAUUCAACACAUCGAGGCCGCUGUGGAACGCGUCGUACGUCCGCCACGGCUUCUACAACGCCUACCUGAGCGGAUCGUGCGGCUUCACGUACGGCGCCAACGCCAUCUGGCAGAUGUACGCGCCGGUGCAGCAGCUCGCCCGCGCCGACCUCUGGAUCGAGCCGCAAAUCGCCCAGCCGACCAACGAGUCGUGGCGCGACGCCCUGCGCUACCCCGGUGCGACGCAGUCCGGCUACGUGCAGAAGCUCUUCUCCACUCUGGACAGGGACACUUUGGAAAGCCUGCAGCCCAACCGCAGCUUCAUCCUCAGCCCGAGCGAUGAGGCCGACGUCCUCACUUACACUGGAAACCGCUACGUGGCUGGCCUUGCCAGCAACUCGCAGUACUGGGUCUACGCCGGCUACGGCGAUGCGUUCGAUCUUGACCUCGGUGCGCUUGCGGGGCACUUCGGCAAGGACGAGGCUUCUGCCAGCGCCCGCUGGUACGACCCGCGUCAGGGCGAGUACCGCAACACGACGGGCAAUGCGGCCUUUGAUCUGACGGGACGGAAGGCGUUCGUGCCUCCGACCAGCGGUGGCGUGGAUCAUGACUGGAUACUCCAUCUCAAGAUCGACUAG